CAAUUCCUCAAUAUAAAAAGGCUAUUUUCUAAAACACGUUGUACUUUGUAUGGCACACACAAACAACAUUGGCGCACCCGACAAUCCAGUCGCCAUGCAGGAACAUACCGCCGUAACUAUCGAUCCAUCAAUGGUCGGUCACAGCAACGAUCCGCAAUCUGCGUAUCACGCUCCUGGAUAUAUACCCUCUAACCAUGCCUCCGAUCGCCGCUUUUCCUUCAUGGAUCAUGCCAAUGAUUACGUGGAAAGAGAAUCCGGGUUUAUUAAUCAUAUUCGUCAAUCAAGCGACUUGGAAUUGGGGGGCCAUAACGAAACCGUUAUUCAAUUUCGAUCGGGACCGAUCCGACCACCGCUGAGAACCGUAUCUUACAUGUCUUGCAGCGGAUCAAUACCUCCGCUUUAUAAAAUCCACAGCGAUGCGGAGCAAGAAUGGCGUCGUCGAGAAGAUGAAGCAUUAGCACAGCUUGAAGAACGUUAUCGGUACAACCAGAGUGGCUGGUUUUAUAUUUUGACGUCCAGCACAAAUGAUUCUGACGGCAACCCUCUGUCAAAGAAGCGUCAAUGGCUCAAAGCGUUUAAUGUGUGUUUUGCCGAGCAGUUUGCGGGCUUUUACUUGGUGUUUUGGCUCAUCGUGUUGGUUUUCAUCGGUUCCGUGUCUGUGCUUGUGCCACAUUUAUCACCGGCAGCCUUUCUGCUUUGGCUUCCACUGGCAGUUUAUCUUACUGGCUUGAUCUUUUUCCACCGCAUUCACCGUCAACAACGUGCUGAACUACGGCGGCUUGAAAAUGAAUUGGUAGAAGCUCGUGAACAUCGCCGUCAAUUCGCGGAACAAAACGCCGAACUACCCGAAGACCAUUUCUUCAUGGUCGAAUACUGCUCCAGUCAUACCCAUCCCGUCACCACACUUUUACCGCCGCCGCCCUGCUAUCCUCAUGCGGAAGAAAUGUCCACCGAAACUGCCCUUCCAUUAACAUCACUGCCCACUCUGUCGAGCACUGAACCAACUGUUCCCCUUUCCCAUCCUCCUUCAGUUUCCGAUGCCACUGACCCCAGUGAUGACCUAACGUCAAGACUAUAACAUUCUACUGGCCAAAGUCUAGCCUCUUUG